AGAGAAUGGAAAAUAGUAGUCAUGAAAAUUCUGGCUGUAAUCACAUCCUUUGGUCGAUCAGCUGCAACGGUUCUCUCCAACACAUCCUGAUGGUGGUUAACCAUUAGGCAGUGGGGUUUAUAAAAGCAGGUGAGAAAGCGCUUUUGACAGUGUUGUGCGAGCCUCUAGUCAAAUUCAGUUAAAUGGACUCCAGACGCAGAUUUGGAAAGUACAAGGUGGAGCGGGAAGUGCUGGAUGAGGAGCGACUAGAGGAGUUAUCUCAGAGAAAAACCUACUCUGACAUCCACCCACCUCUAACUAAACAGCUCAAAGAAUCAUUCAGAUGUACUGUCCCAAAGUUGAAGCGGAGUUUAGUGAGCAGCUUUCCAGUGCUGUACUGGCUGCCCAAGUAUUCGGUCUGGGAUUACGGCAUGCCAGACCUCAUCUCUGGGAUAAGCGUGGGCAUAAUGCAUCUGCCCCAAGGCAUGGCGUAUGCACUGCUUGCUUCCGUGCCACCUGUGUUUGGACUCUACUCUUCUCUCUAUCCAACAUUAAUCUACUUUAUUUUUGGAACGUCCCGUCAUAUUUCGAUCGGUACAUUUACCAUUCUCAGCAUCAUGGUGGGCAGUGUUACAGAGAGACUCGCUCCAGAUGUGAAUUUUACCAUAACAAAUGGGACAAACGUCACAGAAGAGGUCGAUAUAGCUGCCCGUGACCUGUACAGGGUACAGGUGGCGGCUGCCACUACUGUUCUAGGAGGACUUAUUCAGGUGUUUUUGGGAGUUGUAAAGUUUGGAUUUGUGGGAACCUAUUUGUCCGAGCCUCUGGUUCGGGCCUACACAACAGCUGCAGCAGCACAUGCCGUGGUGGGACAGCUGAGAAACAACUUUGGAGUUUCAGCCAAACGCUUUAGUGGCCCGCUGUCACUGAUCUAUACGCUGGUGGACGUUUGCUCCAAGCUGCCGCAGACACAUCUCCCUACACUGGCGGUCAGUGCCGUGACCAUGACGCUUUUAAUCGCAGCCAAAGAGCUCAAUGGGUUCUUCAGUUCAAAACUGCCAGUGCCUGUCCCGGUAGAGCUCAUCACGAUCAUAGCAGGGACUUUAAUAUCUUCAUAUGCUCACCUGCGAAGCAACUACUCCGUUUCGGUUGUUGGAGAAAUUCCAAGUGGUUUACGAACUCCAAACAUGCCAAAUGUUUCUCUUUUUGGAGAAGUCAUUGGGGAUGCUUUUGCACUGGCUGUUGUGGGAUAUGCUAUGUCCAUUUCACUUGGUAAAACAUUUGCACUAAAACAUGGAUACAAGGUGGACAGUAACCAGGAGCUUGUUGCGCUUGGUCUCAGUAAUGUGGCAGGAGGCUUUUUUCAGUGCUUCUCCGUCUGCGCUUCCAUGUCUCGGAGUCUCAUCCAGGUGACUACUGGAGGUAAAACACAAAUGGCUGGACUGGCCUCAGCUUUAAUUGUGCUUGUGACUAUACUGAAACUAGGGGCGCUGUUUCAGGAGCUACCAAAGGCUGUCCUCGCGUCAGUCGUCCUUGUAAAUUUGAAGGGCAUGUUCAAGCAAUAUUCGGACAUCGUUACUCUGUGGAGGAGCAAUAAGACUGAUCUGGUGGUGUGGUUGGUCACAUGGGUGUCAACAAUGCUGCUAAAUCUGGAUCUGGGUCUUGCAGCAUCCAUCACCUUUGCUCUGUUUACAGUUAUCUUCAGAACUCAGCUACCAACAUAUUCAGUUCUGGGAAACGUUCCCAGCACAGAACUGUACGUCGACAUGGAAACACACAGGGAGGCCAGGCAGAUUCCAGGAGUCACCAUAUUCCGUUCAUCAGCUACAGUGUAUUUUGCCAAUGCUGAACUCUACCUGGAGGCCCUGAAAGAAAAGAGUGGGCUUGACAUCACCAAAAUGAUCGUUUAUAAAAGGCAACAAGAAGCCAAACAGAAAAGGAGAGAAAAAAGAGCCGAGAGGAGGGCGAAGAGGCAAGCCAAGAGAGAGAAACUAGCUCAAACGGCAGCAAGAAAUGUGUCUGUGCUGCCGGAUCUGUUUGUGGAGGAUGAGGCUGGCUGCUGCACAGAAAUGUCCAUGGAUGGAGUCAUCGCAGAAAAAGAGCAGCAGCGCUGGAGCGAGAAGGAGAACGGUACCGUGUUUGUCAUCCCACCUUCUCCUCGGACACUGGACGGCCACUGCAGGUGGGAGUACCUGAAAGGUGGAGAUCCGGAUUGCUCCAGUUUGGGCUGGAUGUCAGAGCUGCAGGACGGGGACACCACAACUCUGGGCUCAAGCAGUGAAGACACCCUGAGUCGAGACCUGGAGCGGGUCUCCCUGGGGUCCCUCGGGAAGUGGACCUGGGACAUUCACUCCAUCAUUCUCGACCUUUCCACAGCAAACUUCACCGACACAGUGGCCAUAAAAAUGUUGAAAAAUAUUUUCCAAGACUUCAGUGAGAUCGAUGUGGAUAUCUACCUCGCCGGUUGUCAGGAGUCGGUGGUGGAACAGUUAGAACGGGGAAACUUCUUCUCUGAGACCAUCACAAAGGGAAAUCUUUUUGCUUCCGUUCACGACGCCGUGCUGCACUGUCUCAACAAUCGAGGAGCGACAUCCCCUCCCAGAUUUGACCCCUCAGCAAACCUGACCAGCAGCACAAAACUCUGACAUCUUCAGCUAGUCAGGAAAUUCAGAACCGAAGACUGGGGAGAGGAUGAGGAGCUAAAAACUUUUUUUAUAAAACAAAAACAACAAAAAGCAAUCUGUGAAUCUUAUGUAAAAAAAUAAGGGAAUAGGAUUUUUUUCCUGCUUUAAUUUUCCUCGUUCAUUUCACUUUUGUCUUAAAGGAAUAUUUAUACAGUUUGUGUUAAAAAAAAAGACUAAUACCAAAUGUAUGUGAGCUGAAUUGACCUUUUAUUCACUGAAGGGUGAAGAGACAGUGCAUUCAAGAAACCUAACAAGGCCAUGAAGAACAUCUUGUGCAUUUUAAAAUUCUUGUGCGUUUUCAGGAAAGCAAUUGUGGCGAGUCAUAGGGUCAAAGACAAGGCAUCAUGCAUCACACAGAGGAUGUGUGGGAGAUUCUCAUCGCUGUUUUCAAAUGCAGUUAUUUCUGAGGACGCACACCUAAACGUUGAAAGGUUACACAUGCAAGGUUAUGGUCCAAGCUCUCCAAGGUUAGGAAAGGUUUUGUGCAACAUUAAGGAGAACCAGAGAGGCAACAACGCUUUGGAGAGCAUAAAAAGGACUUGAAUAAAUGUGUAAACAGACUGUUUCUAUCCUAAAAGGACCUAAAGAAGGUGUCAGUUUAGGUUUAAUACAAUACACAGAAUUCUCUAGACUUUGACACAUGAAAAAGAGGCAGUAAAGUGGUCUGAUGCAGCUACAUGCAGGUGUAAAUCCUCUUAACUUUGACAUUUUUUUUAAAAACUACUAUUUUUUUCAGAGGCUGUAGUGCAACACUUCUAUGGAAAAGUAUAGGAAGUAGAAAAUAAGGAAGAGCAGUUUACAAAAUCCUCUCUUUACUGUUGCAUAAACACACUGUGACCUGAUUCCCUGAAUAAAUCCAGGGCCACAUGUAUGAGCAACAUGUGCACGUCGAAAUAUACCGUCUUUCUGCACAUACAUUCAUAUUUACAAAGAACAAACUAAAGUGCAUGGAUUAUUUUAAGGAAUCUUACAAAAAUAAAUAAAACAGCACAGUUCGACAAGAGUUUGGUUCAAAUCUGAAACUUUCUUCUUCAUUUUUUAAACAUUUUAUCGUUGUUUAACUGUGAUUGUAAUACAGAUCUGCUGCUGCUUGGAAGACUGGUAACCCCCUUAUAGACCAAUGAAAAUCCCGUCUUUGGUGAUUUGAACAGGUUCUUGUGGGAUUCUUCUGAUGAUGGAGACACAUAUAUAAAAUAAAAUUCAGCUCUGGGUAUUUCUUCUUUAUUCAAAUCGUUGUGAAUCAGGAGCAGAAGAAAUGUUGUUUGAAAAAGAGCUUAUUGCUUAUUUUUGAUGUUGAAAAUACACAAGUUGGGCGGGCGGACGAGGGGGGUUUCUCCACACCAAUU